AUGGCCGCACUAUUCCGGCGGUCAUCGACAAUAUGUCAAUGCCAACGUGCAUUCUCCACAUCGACACCUCGUGCCGUCAGCCUGCAAUGGGAUAAAAACGACCCGGAAGCAUUAGCAGAAGUCCUGCCUCCCUACCCAUACGGACCCACACGAUGGUACAAGCAAUCACGACUCGGUCUCUACGGCGGACAACGAAUUCAAUUCGGAAACAAUGUUGGGGAGAAAUUCAAGACGAAAUCACGGCGGACGUGGCAUCCCAAUAUCUUCACGAGGAAGCUGUUUAGCAAGUCGCUGAAUCGGGUUGUGCAAGUGAGAGUCAGCUCGAGGGUGCUGAGGACGAUUGACAAGCUGGGCGGAUUGGACGAGUAUCUAUUGGGCGAGAAAGAGGCACGAAUCAAGGAGUUGGGAGAGUCCGGGUGGUGGCUGCGAUGGGCUAUCAUGCAGACGCCAACGAUCCAGAGGAGGUUUCGAGGCGAGAGAACGAGACUGGGCCUU